AAGACAAAAUGGAGGUAGGAUUAAAAUGCUUACGACACUGAAUUCUUGAGCCUCUGCUUAAAUAAUAGUUUAGUUUCACUUUCACUCGCAUGCGUUACGUAGCAAGUGCCGGUACACGGAAAAUUUAAAAGUGAAACCUAGUUUCACUAUCAUUCCCAAGAAGAACGCCGUAAGGAACUGAAAUUUCCUAUCCUUUGGCUUCUCUUCCACAAUCCUAAGAUUAGUUGCAAUAAGACGAAAUGGCUAAUUCAAUGAAAGAAUUUUUAGAAAAUACGAAUUUCAGCAUUGAAAGCUAUUAUACAUUAUUUGUCGAUGUGCAUUUUAUACAGAAGGAUGCUAAAAAAAUUAUUAUCCAACUUAUGAGAAAAAGUCACGAGUUUUUCUGGAUGAAUAAAAUAGAUCGCAACAAUAUUUUAGAACUUGAAAGAAAAAUAGGGAAUUUUUAUCGGGAAAAAAGAUACGAGCAGGGAAAAUGAGGAACCCUCCACCCAUGCGUUAUUAUCAGUUCAGUGCGUAAAGAAUUUCCAGUGAAUUCACCUGCUUAAACACGUUGUGCUUUUUAAAAAUUACUUGUGAAGACUCAAGCAUGAUGCUCAUCAUAUCUCUCGUUAUUUUAACGGUAAAUUUGCUUCCUUGGAUAGAGCAAAAGAUUUCCUCUGGUUGUUACGAUUCUGAAAUAAUACAAUGGGUGGAUAAAGAUAAAAAGAUUUUCAAGUAUAUCAAAAAAAGAACUGGAAGUAAGGAUGUAGAAAAAUCAAGACUUUUCAUCGAUUGGGCGAUAGCUGGAAAUACUUAUGGGGAAAAUAUAAGAUUUUCAGUAUUCAAACACAACUUAAGACAAGCUUUGAAAAGCAGAGAAAAGUUGGGAUUAGUGAAAGAACUGAACAAAAAACAUAAAGAAUGGUAUACCUGGCAGAUAUUAGAAAAUUCUGGCAAGGCAGUGAAGACUUCAGACAUUAAGAAUAAUGUAAGUAAAAAGGAGAAAAAUAGGAAAGUAAAAACAGUCGAUCAGCAAACACAAACAAUAAUCUCAAAAGUACCCACAAAAAGAGGUAAAAGAAAAAGUACCGGCAAACUUCAAUCUAAAACACCUGAGAAGAAGUCAAUGACUAAGAAAAACAUACCAGUUCAAAAUGAUGAUGUUUCUUCAUCCACCAAGCCACUUCCUCCGUGCCAAAGUCUGUUACAAAACUUUCCUUGUACAUCAACUUCUCUUCCAGCAACAAACUUAGACCAUCAACUCGAGGUUUUUAGUCAACAAAAUCUCAACCAAAUCUCUCACAACAUUAACACUGUAUAUGUUCAAACCUCAAACACUGAAAUUAUUCAGGAAGUGCCUUUAUUUCAUCCUACAAACACCAUAUCUGACUUGAUGAUACCUGAUUCACCACAGCUGGAAGAAUCGAUAUACAACCCAAAAUAUAACGAAGAUAUUUCACCUCUGUUCGAGCCAGGAAAACUUGAAAGCCAAUCUCAAACGCUUUGCUCAUCGCUAAGUUACCUUGAAAAUCUGUCUGAAAAUGAGCUGGAACAAUCAUGUGUACUGUUUACCGUCCAAUUAGAUUCGGUAAACACUUUGCCCGAUGACUUUCUAGACUAUGACGUAAACCUUUCGUAAGAUUUUCAACCAAUCAAAUGAAUGUAUUUAACAACUUGACGCCGAUUUUAAUUCUUCGUGUAGUUUAAGCGACUUAAAACAUAUCAUUUAGUGGUUUAGAAUUUCUUUUUAC